AUGAAUAUUUCAGAGUGCGUAGAAUGUGUUGGCUGUUCGAACAACACAAUUCGAGCCGCUAUGACUCCCAAGUUCAUUGACAGAGAUGCACUAUGCGAAGUUCUCAACUAUCGUAUGACUCCACCAGAAGAUUAUCUUGUACCAGCCAUCCCUCUCGUCGACUAUCCGGGGGUUGAUGAAUAUUCACCAGAUUGCAAAGACUUCCAACUGCACAGGAUUCGGGUGUCCCCAUAUGUUUCCCAAUCUUUCCUUCCUGUUCUCGACUGCGCCUCCAUUAUGGUACUUGUUGAAGGAUCAGCAGCUCUAGAGGAAGUCGAUGGACCAAGUGGCAGUUCAGCGAAGACACAAUCAUCUGAGUGUCUCAAGACGCUGGACUCUCGUAAUGUUACACGUGGCGACAUUAUAUACAUUCCUCCUGGAAGGCGAUUAAGAUUUACUCGAUGCACUGAGCAGGUAGAAGCCUUUCGUACCUUCAGUUUCGAAAUCGGGCCUGACCAUGAUAACAGAAAGACUGUGAAAGAAAUUAUGUCGACAAUGCCGAUGAAAAAGCCCAUAUUCACCAUCGACGAUUUUGGGGGGAAAGCUUUCGCCGUCGAGUCAGAAAUGGAUGGUUUUAUUUGA